AUGGCACCUAUCGACCGGAGCGCGCAACGAGUUGUCUUCAUUUGGAGCGCGCGUCCUAAUAAUGCCACGGAGGUGAUCGGGGGCCUGCAACACAUCGGCGGAACUACCAACGGAGACUUUUUGCAGAUGAUACAAAUUCUGCUCCCCAAUGCUUCACACGACCUCACCGUUCAAGGGCCAUCGGGCUCGACGCUGACUGACGACGACCAGCCGCUUCUGCGAGGUGAUUACGUCGUCAGCGGUGACGACGUCAAGGUUUCCGAAGAGGUUGUCUUGCCCAGAGCGCUGUCCCAGUCAAGUGGAACGCGUGUCCGAGGCUUUCGUGAUGCCGUGCGAGCAAGAGACGGGCGCUGCGUGAUCACGAAGCGUCCGAAUGUCUACUCUGAAUUCGACGAGUGGACCCGCUUCGAGGUGGCUCAUCUCUUCCCUGUGGCCUACGAGCAGCAAUGGAUCACCGACAACUACAGCCGCUACAUUUCGCAGGUGCCGUCAACGGGCGGGACAAUAAAUUCUGUGCAAAAUGGGCUGCUCCUCCGCACUGAUUUGCAUGAUGGUUUUGACCAAUACCGCUUCUCCAUCAAUCCAAGGGCCAAUCACAAGGUCAUUGUCUUUAGCAGCACGUUUGACGACCUUGUAGGCCAGAGCCUCGAUCGACAGCUCCUGGACGACCCUUCCUGUCCCCCAGACGAGCUGUUGUGGUGGCACUUUACGCAGGCCGUGCUCGCCAACGUCCGCGGCGCGGGCGAGCCCAUCUACGAACACGAUUUCCCGCCCGGAUCAGACAUGAUGGGCGAGAUCAUGGAAGGGCCGAAUGCACCACAAAGGCUGGAGUUUGAGCUGUUCAGCCGGCUGGCCGCCCACGUGGAGGUCGUGGACACGGCAUCGACCGCGAAGAACGAGGACCAUACUGCGAGUGAGGAUGGGAAGCAGCGAGAGUGA